CAGUUUCAGUACCGAGCUCCUUCACGCAGCAUCUUCCUCCUCCUCUUCCUCCUCCGGUUGCGCUGCAGGUGGAUGGAGGCUGGCGGCCGGAGGCGCAUCAUGCUCGGGCUCGGCCGCUGCUAGAGCUCGCUGCUCCUGGAUGGGGAUGCUUCUGGCUUUGUUCCUUCACAUCAGCUGUUUCCUCACCGUCUGGCUGAUAUUCAUGUUUCCAGACGUGAAGCCGCAGCGGCGCAGCGCUGAGGACCUGCCCGCGCCCCGGAGACCUCCUCCCGGAUUGACCCGCGGCUGAGCGGGUGUCUGGUCCGGAUCAUGGCAUGCUGCCCUCACCGGCCCUCCAGCACUGACCAUGGGGCUCCGGUCCAGGACCGUCGCUAGCGGCUCCGAGGAGCAGAAGAAGACCUCCGGCGCUCCUCUUCCUCCUUCCGGGGACUUACUGGAGCAAAGCGGCGGCGGAGCGGCGGACAAAGAUGGGGCCCUGCUGCUUGUGGGCCGGGAGGACGUCAAGCGGGGCGCUCAGGGCAUCACCAUCGGGCUGCUGGCCAGAACCCCCCUGAGCUGCAGCCGGCCGGCCAAGAGGAACAACAUCCGCAGGAGGAAGAUCCAGAACCAGAUCUACGACACGCUAGAGCGGCCGAGAGGAUGGGCCCUGCUCUACCACGCGUUCGUGUUUCUAAUCGUUCUGGGAUGUUUGAUUCUGGCCAUACUGACCACAUUCAGGGAACACGAGAAGGAUUCUGCACACUGGCUGGUCAUACUGGAAACGUUUGCCAUCUUCAUAUUCGGAGCAGAGUUUGCACUGAGGAUCUGGGCGGCUGGUUGCUGCUGUCGCUACAAAGGAUGGAGGGGGAGGCUGAAGUUCGCCCGCAAACCGCUGUGCAUUCUGGACAUCUUCGUGCUGAUCGCCUCGGUGCCGGUGGUGGCGGUGCGGAACCAGGGCAACGUGUUGGCCACGUCGCUGCGCAGCCUGCGCUUCCUGCAGAUCCUGCGCAUGCUGCGCAUGGACCGGAGAGGCGGCACGUGGAAACUCCUGGGCUCUGCCAUCUACGCUCACAGUAAGGAGCUGAUCACGGCCUGGUACAUCGGCUUCCUGUCUCUGAUCCUGGCCUCCUUCCUGGUCUACCUGGUGGAGAAAGACGACGGCUCGGUCAACGUGUCCGACCAGGAGAACCCGACGGCGCAGACCCAGCAGCAGGACUUCGAUACGUACGCCGACGCGCUGUGGUGGGGGCUGAUCACGCUGACCACCAUCGGUUACGGAGACAAAACCCCGAAGACCUGGGCAGGGAGGCUGUUAGCCGGCACGUUCGCGCUGAUCGGAGUUUCCUUUUUCGCUUUGCCUGCUGGGAUUCUGGGUUCUGGUUUGGCUCUGAAGGUCCAGGAGCAGCACAGACAGAAACACUUUGAGAAGCGCCGCCACCCGGCAGCCGGACUCAUCCAGUCGGCCUGGCGGUAUUACUCCACCAAUCCCAUCAGGGAAGAUCUUAUUGCCACGUGGAGAUUUUAUGAAACCAUCAUCUCUCUUCCCUGCUUCAGGAAGGACACCUUGGAGGCCAUGGUGAGUCAGAAAGUGAGUUUGCUGGAACGUGUUCGUAAUUCCAACGCCAGGCCGUCGUUGGGGAUGGUCAGGAAGCCCGCGGUGAACGCCGAGUCCAUCGAGGAGAGCCCCUCCAAGGAGCCCAAACCCGCCGGCUUCAGUAACCGCGAACGCUUCCGGACCGCAUUCCGGAUGAAGGCCUACACGCUGCGCCAGAGCUCUGAAGAUACUGGAGGCCUUGCAGACCCAGUCUUAGAGGACCGGGGCUUCCCGCCAGAGAUCCUCCUGGAGGAGAUGAUCCCGACUCUGAAACUGGUCAUCAGGGCAGCAGGUCCGGAGAUCAUGCAAUUUCUCUUGAACAAGAAGAGGUUUAAGGAAACUCUGAGGCCUUACGAUGUCAAAGAUGUGAUUGAGCAGUACUCAGCUGGACAUCUAGACAUGCUCUGCAGAAUUAAAUACCUCCAGACCAGGAUCGACAUGAUUCUUGCCCCUGGACCCCCCCUCACCCCAAAAAGCAAGAAGCCCCAGAAAACACCCUUUAACUACCCAUCCAGCCAGUCACCCAGGCAUGAGUCUUACUUAGCCAAAGCCACGUCCAUGCCAGACACUGAAGACCAAAGCAUGAUGGGUAGAUUUGUCAGGGUGGAGAGGCAGGUGGAGGACAUGGAGAAGAAGCUGGACUUCCUGGUGGACAUGCACAUCCAGCACACCGAGCACCUGCAGGUGGACUCGGCCGGCGACGCUCGGAUGACCCUGGAGGCCUGCGACCAGACGGCGAACGGUGAGAUCCGCCGGGUUUUCCUCAACUACUCCGAGGUGUUCCCUCAGAUGUCAUACCAGGUGCCUGUCAGCAAAGCGAAUUCGACCUGCAGCAGAGGGCGAGGCGGCAGGCAGGGGGUCGGGUUGGCAGGCGGCGCGGCGCCGGCCGCCAUCCCCACGUACACAGAGCGGCCGACCGUGUUGCCCAUCAGCUCCCUGCAGGACUUGUCGGCGGGGCGGGGCAGGACCACAGGGGCCCUGGGGGGCGACUCGCCGCUCUCGCUCCUGUCUGUGAACCACGGGCUGGAGCGCUCGCCCAGCGGGUUCAGCAUCUCCGGGGAGCGGGAGGGCGAGGCGGGGUUGGACCUGUCGAUGGGGGCGGCGGUGGCGGCCGGGGAGGCCAGCUGGACGAGAACCAGGCCGAGCUACUUGGCCGAGGGCGAGACGGACACGGACACAGACCCCUUCACGCCCAGCGGCGGCGCCCUGCCCCUCUCCUCCACCGGCGAGGGGUUCGGGGACGCAGAGUGGAACACGCCGCCCUGAAACACGACGCCACCUCGACUCAGACCUUAAAUCCAACCCAUGCCUCUAAAACCCAGAACGCUGGGUCAAAGCCACAGCUUUGGGACGAAGGUGGGUCUGAUCCCCUCGUUGUUCUGAACGACCGGCUGUCGACCUGCAGAGGCCGCCGCCGCCCAGGCGGCGAGUCCGCACC